AUGGCUCAGCAGAAUGCAGCGGUUUCUGUGGACAAAAGCGGUAAUUUUGUUUUGCGGAUUUUGGCGAAACCUGGAGCGAAGGUUAGUGCUGUGACAGAUUAUUUUGCUCCUCUAAUCCUAUAUCCUACUCCUUUGAUCCCAUCUUGUUUAGAUGUUGGAGAAACGGAGAUUGGUGUUGCUAUAGCUGCUCCAGCUCGCGAAGGGGAAGCAAAUGAAGAACUCAUCGAUUACAUGCGAGGUGUCUUA